AAAGUGCUCAAUGUGUAAACAAGAGUAUACAUGCCAUGGAGACAUCUUCCUUUAUGACAAGUUAUUGGAACUACUCUAAUGGAACAGACUCGCCACAAGACGCUUAUUAUUUACUACUGAAGUUAAACAACCAGAAGGCCCUAAGAGAUCUCCCGGUGAUUCUGUUCCUUGUAAUUCUAAUGGUCGUUGGAAUAAGUGGCAAUAUAGUUGUAUGUAUAAUUUAUUCUAAAGCAAAAAAGAAAUCAACAUCCAAUCUUUUCAUUUUGAACUUGGCAGUUCUGGAUCUUCUGUCCUGUACGUUCGGAAUCCCCUUAGAGAUCGCAGACCUUAGUUUACCCUACAUGUUUAAUGCUCCAGCUGUUUGCAGCUUUGGAAGGACUCUGGAAUCAUGUACAGUUAUGGCAUCAGUGUUGACUCUGGUUUUCAUUUCCAUUGAUCGGUACAAACGGAUCUGUAAUUUAGGCGAAAGUUUCAAAACUUCGACAGUCAAAAUUAUGUGUGUCGUUGGAUUGUGCAUUGGUAUCGUGUCAUCGCUGCCAUUUUUAGUAGUAAUGGGAAAGAGGACAAUCAACCUUGGGCUUUCCGGAAUAGAGGGUGUUGGUUGCGAAAUCUCAGACGAUAUGAAACAUACUACUUUUACAUUUGCUUUUUACACUGUUAUGUUGAUAUUUUUUACUGUUGGUCUAGUUUUCGUUAUUUUCGUAUACGCGCGCAUCUCUAUAUUUUUAAGAAGAACUAGGAGCAUGAGAAUUAGGCAUAUUGAAGAAAGUAAUAACAGUAAUAAAACUUCAACCACGGGCACUCAACAAAUUCAUUUAGUUGAGCUUGAAUCUAUCACUGCGGAAAGCAGACAUCAAAGUAGCACUGAUAAUCACCACCAGGAAGCCGUGCAUGCGCUCUCGAGAGAAACUCCAAUUACUUCCGGUGUAAAAGUUACUAGGACCACAACAAUAUUUGUAGCUAUAACUAUCGCUUUUAUAAUCAGUUUUCUCCCCUUUUUGUUGGUUAUGAUAUUAUUAAGCACCAUUAAAGACAUAGAGAAAGGCAUGUCAGAACCAAUGAUGGUUUUUACCGAAUUUUGUGCAAGAACAUAUUUUUUGAAUAAUGCGAUUAACCCGUUGAUCUAUAGCGCUUUGAAUAGAAAAUUCAGACAUGAUGUUAAGCGACUGUUUUCUACAAAUUGCUGUAUGAGAUGUUUUAAUCAUGUUUGCACUUCAGAGACACCGUCUAAUGUUUACCAAGUAAAUAUGUACUAGAUUUUUUGAAUACGAAUUUUACAACACGGAAAAGUCAGUAUUCAUGUUUAGUAUGUGAACUUUUCUGAUUUUUAAAUUCCUUGAUUUUUAUCUUGUUGAUUCUGUUGUUUUGGGAUAUUUUAUUAUUUUUGUGGAAUAAUCAUUGUGCAUGUUCAUGCUGAACCAGAAGUAGCACUUUUAGAUUAUAAAGCUAUGUGCAAUAAAUCUAACAGGAUAUAAAAUAUGGCAUGGCAUCUUUAGAUACCAAGGAUAUCCGUUUCCUACAUAUGCAUUUUCGGUGCUUUAUGAGGAAAAAACACAAACUAUGGAAUCAUCAUUGUUCGUGGGAAACCAAUGUUCGUGGCUUUCGUGGGCAACCUUUGCUUAGGAUUUUCCAUUCCUACGAACGUGUUUACAAGCAUUUGUUUAGUAUUUAUUUUCAUUAUAGAACUUACUAUCGAUGAAAUUACGUUCCCACGAAGAAGAAAAAGUUUGAAGAAGAAAAAGUUUGAAGAAGAAAAAGUUUGGCUCCAAACGUACUACCACGAUUAAAAUGAUUCCACAGUAACAAAGGCAAUAAAGGUCACCAUCUCACGAAGUGAAACUUAAAUGUGUUUAGCUACAUUUUGGUAUAUCUAAAUUUGUAAUUGUAUUAACCUUCUACCCCUUUCAUAUAUCUGCAUGUAUAACUUUUAAGGACAUAUAUGCUGUUGUUUAUAUAUUCAGACAAACAGUAAUGUUGAGGUAAAUAUAUUCUAGAUUUCCAAUAAGGAUCGAAUAAAUCAUGUGGAAUUUUACCCCUGCUACUUACAUCCACGGUCUGCAUACAUGUAAAUGUUGUAAUUGUGUGAGAUUCUGAUUAAGCUUUUAGACUAAUCGAUGACAAAAUAGCCGUCGAUUGAAAUUCCAAUACGUAGUUGGAAGGAAACGCGAAGAGUAAUUGUGUGACUUUCUAAAUCUAAAGACAUGUCUGUUUUCAAAUCAGACUGCCAUUGAGACUGACAUAUACGAAAUUA